GAUAUUAUAUUGUAGUCAUAAUCACCUCGAUCUUCACUACUUGAGUCUGUAUAUCGAUACUUUAAAAUCUAAUACAAUACGAUAUAUAAUGUCUUCUUCUCAAGUUGGGCAAGGAUCAUCAUCAGGUACAUGGACUGCCCAGCAAAAUAAGGCAUUUGAGAGGGCAUUGGCAGUGUACGACAAAGACACCCCAGACCGUUGGUCCAACGUUGCCAAAGCUGUCGGAGGCAAUAAAACUGCCGAAGAUGUGAAGCAACAUUAUGAAAUACUUGUCCAUGAUAUCACGUUUAUUGAGAGUGGCGGUGUACCUUUCCCCAACUACACCACCACUCGUCACCGCGGCACUAAGACCAAUUAAUUACCAAUAAGAAUGCAAAUCUUUGGAUCCAACAAAGCAAUGAGGGAAAGAAAGAUGCCACCUUAAUUAAGCUACGACUAUAUAUGGCACAACAAUUUUAUUGCAAGAAAGUAACCCUACUAUUAGCUACUAUUAAAAUAAUAAUAAUAAUCAGAAUAUUGCAUUUUCUUCUUGAAAAUUCAAGUGAAGUUUAUAUUAAUUUCUUUGUACGUCCAAGUUGAUUGUAUUAAUUUGCGUUAUUGUUAUGAAUUUCAUGUAUGUACUAUUUGAAGGAAGCAUUUGAAUUCCAUCUACUUUGUAAUAA